UUCCUCGGAGCGGCCCGAGGGCGCGGCCGCCUGGACCCCGCGGAGCGCUGGGUGAGGAGCAGACAUGACCUCGCGCAGGUGGUUUCACCCCAACAUCAGCGGGGUUCAGGCGGAGCAGCUGCUCUUGUCCAGAGGCCGGCAUGGGACCUUCCUGGCGAGACCCAGCACGAGCUGCCCAGGGGGCUUCACACUGUCUGUCAGGCGCCAAGACGAGGUGACCCACAUCAAGAUCCAGAACACAGGAGACUAUUACGAUCUGUAUGGCGGGGAGAAGUUCGCGACGCUGGCGGAGCUGGUGCAGCACUACACCGGCCAGCGGGGGGCGCUUCUCCGGGAGCGCAGCGGGGCCCCGGUCGAGCUUCGGCACCCGCUGGGCUGCCAGGACCCCACGUCCGAGCGGUGGUACCAUGGGCACCUGUCUGGCAAGGAGGCUGAGAAGCUGCUGUUGGAAAAGGGGCGUCCGGGCAGCUUCCUGGUGCGGGAGAGUCAGAGCAAGCCUGGGGACUUCGUGCUGUCGGUGCUCGCAAAGCAGCCGGACAAGGAGGACCAGAGACCACCGGUCACCCACAUUAUGAUCCGCUUCCAGCCAGACGGGAAGUACGACGUGGGAGGCGGGGAGCGCUUCGACUCCCUCAGCGACCUGGUUGAGCGCUACAAGAAGAACCCCAUGGUGGAGAAGUCGGGAGCCGUCGUGCCCCUCAAGCAGCCCCUCAAGGCCACGAGGAUCACUGCUGCAAGCAUGGAGAGCCGCGUGCGGGAGCUCAACAGGCCCACGGAUGUCGGCGAGAAGGCCAAGCAGGGCUUCUGGGAGGAGUUCGAGAUGCUGCAGCAGCAGGAAUGCCGGCUCCUGUACCCCCGGAAGGAGGGACAGCGGCUGGAGAACAAGCCCAAGAAUCGUUACAAGAAUAUCCUUCCCUUUGAUACAACCCGUGUUGUCCUUCGUGGUGUGGACGACAACCUACCUGGAGCCGACUACAUCAACGCCAACUACAUCAGGAGUGACCCAGAGGAAAAGCCAGGCCAUGGACUUGGCAAGGUAUACAUCGCCACCCAGGGCUGUCUGCCAACAACAGUGUCUGCCUUCUGGACGAUGGUGCACCAGGAGAACACACGUGUCAUCGUCAUGACCACCAGGGAAGUGGAGAGAGGCCGGAACAAGUGUUUCCGAUACUGGCCAGAGCUGCAUGGCAGCCAAGAGUACGGCUGUGUGCACGUGUGCAACGUGGCUGAAUACCAGUCCCAGGGCUACUGGGUGCGGGAGCUGCAGGUGUGGCGGCCAGACCAGGAGGAGCCGCCACGCACAGUGAAGCAUUACCAAUACUUCAGCUGGCCCGACCAUGGCGUCCCCGCCGAGCCCGCCGGAGUCCUCGGCUUCCUAGAGGAGGUGAACCAGGCACAGAGAAGCACGCCGGGAGCCGGUCCCAUGGUGGUGCACUGCAGCGCCGGCAUCGGACGCACUGGCACCAUCAUCGUGAUUGACAUCUUGGUGGACCUCAUCCGCAGGCAGGGGCUGGACUGCGACAUCGACGUUCCCAAGACGAUUCAGCUGGUGCGACGGCAGCGCUCGGGGAUGGUGCAGACCGAGGCGCAGUACAAGUUCGUGUACCUGGCGCUGCAGCAGUACAUCCAGGGAGAGCAGCUGCGCCUGCGCCAGCAGCGCGAGCCGUCGGAGGAGCGCGACUAUCAGAACGUGGGCGCGGUGCCUGCCGACCUUGGCCACGGCCCUGGACCCGCGCCGUCCCGAGCGCCCGCAGCGACCCCAGAGACCUCCGGCGGCAUGUACGAGAAUUUGCUGAGCCUCGGGAGGUGAGAGGCCCCGCGUGCCCGCGCCCUGGGUGCGGCUGGAGCCGCGGAGGAGGUCCUGAGCCCAGGAAAGCCGGCCUUCGCGUUCUUCAACAGAUUGCGCUUAGGAUAGUGGAGACUGUGGCUUGUCCAGGAGCGCUGGGGGAAGAGGUCCGGGAGUCUGCCCCUCAGACCCACCCACCAGGCCUGGACACCCAGAAAUGGGGAGAGGCAGUUGGUUGUGCCAACUGGUGACUCUUUCCCUUCAGGGGCUCCCAGGUGAGGGUGGAGGGGGCAGGCCUUCAGGCUGUGGCUUGUCUCAAUGUGGGAGGCCACCAGUGACCAUGUGUGACCCUGUGUGUCACAUGUUUGAAUGUCGCCCUGUAUGUGUGACAUGAGUGACCAGCAAGGUCAGGUGGCCAGUCUGUGCUUGAUCUGACUAGCCACGUGUUUGUGCCCAGGCUCCUUUGUAUCCUCCAGAGCCCUCCUCAGCCCUGCCACAGUGGUGUGGUCUGGGAUGUGGCCCGAGCAUUGGCUUAGUCCCUGGCCAUGACAUUGUGGUCCAAGCUGUGACAUUGCGGUCACAGGUGGAUACAUGCAUGCUUGUUGAAUGAGGGAAUGCUGUGAGAUGCUCAUGUGACUGCACGUGCAACCUCAUGUGCCUGGCCCUGCCCAUGAUGAGGGCGAGGCUCGUGUGUGCAUGAAUGGUGUGUGACGGGUGCGAUGUCACUGUCAUGAGGUCCACUGUCACACGCAUCCUCCCAUCCCCAAUGAUAUUGUGGCUUUGUCGUGUCCUCAGUAAAAUGCCGUUCCCA